AUGCAAUCCUCUAUUGAAGCCAGGAAUCACGACAGUAUACUCGGGGCUGGCCCGGACUUCCCCAGACUGAAGGGCUGUUCAUAUACCGCCGCUAAAAUACAAUUAUUUGAUGAGCGAAAGCAGUUGGGGAUGUUUUACCAAAGAAGCUUGAAGUCGAGCUUUGAAGUUAGCACCAACAUCACCAACAUCACUGUCGCACAGACAUCGGCUCUAGUGAACCCCGGAAAAGAUAGCCUCGUAACUCUUUUCGCAGCCGCAAUUGCCAAUCGCAAUUUCCCUAACAUUUUACCAAUAUUCCCAGAAAAGUUACUUCCUAAAGCAUCAGAUAUGAUAUUUAAAAGCUGA